AUGCCCAUCAAGAGGCCGGCAGCAUCCGGCUCUGCAAAAACUCCAGCCUCGGCCGUGGCCAUGAAGAGGCCGGCGGCAUCCGAAUCUGAAAAGACGGCGAGCAAGAAGCCUGCGAAGGCUCCAGGCCCAGCGACUGCGAAGACAGCAGCCGAAGAGACACCGGAGAAGCGUGUCAAGUUUCGAAGGCUCGAAGCCAAAGAAAGCUUGUCACUGUCCCUGGAGUCGGAGAGACCAGCCGAGAAGACACCGGAAAAGUGGCAGGGGCUGCUAAGGCUCCGAGCGGACUUUUCGCCGGGGCUGAGAGUGGACUUCUCGCCGGCGGGCUCAGAUGCCACAACCAAGGAGGUCAGCGGUGAACGGCUGAGAAAAAGCAGCGGCACUGCCACACCCAGGGAUGCUGCUGCCAAGAAACCAUCCAGCCUGGCAGAGCACUUGUACAACCAGCAGUGUUGGGGUCAGCUGAGCUUGGCCCAAGUGAGGGACAUAGCGGUUCGGGCUUGCGACGACUUCGCAGCUGCCGGGGCCGCUCCGCCUCCAGACCUUCAGAUGCUGGGGCAGCUGGGGGAAAACAGAACAGAGACCCACAAUCUUUGGCGCGAUUUGCAGCGAAGGACGGUGAAACCCUUUCUUCAGCCUUGCUGGGAGAACAUCCCCCUGAGCAUGGGGGAGCGACAGCUGCCUUUCUUCAAGCCACAUUACAUCUUCGAGACCCUUAGAGAUCAGAGACCUCAAACCUUUGCGGCCUCUAUCUGUCCGGGAGAGGAGUCUGUGGCACGGUUUUGGCGGGAAUGCGGAGACCAUCCUGCCCUACGGCAGCACCCCGUCAGAGCCUUGCCUAACUUUGACAAGAGGGCAGUUCCCGUGGUCCUGCACGGCGACGGCGUGCCGAUCACGGCAAUAGGAGCUUCGCAGAAGAGCUGCUGCUUCAUCAGCUGGCGGUCUUUGCUCUGCCGCUGGACGGCGACCCGAAAGCAGCACUACCUGAUCUGUCCGGUGUGGUCUGAUCACCUGGCCAAGACGAGGCAACACAACACGGUCGAUGCCAUCUGGAAACAGAUCUGCGACUCCUUCGAUGGAAUGCUGGCAAGCGCUGCCAGACAUCGAAGCUACUUCGCAGUGCCUGUGUUCUGCACAGGCGACUUGGAGUGGUACAACCUCACCCACGGGUUACCAAGAUGGAACUCAUUGCGACCAUGCGGUUUGUGCAGCGUGCAGCGAAAGGAUAUGUUCCAAUUCCUUCGUGUCGACAACAUCGAGGAAGAUGCCUGGGUCAUCCCUCGGCAGCACUCGUGCCGACUGCUGAUCAGAACCCUGUCGCCCAAAUCGGUGGUGCCAGAUCUGAUGCAUACAAAACAUCUGGGUGUGGAUCAAAGGAUAUGUGGAUCCGUGAUUUGGCUUUUGGUCGCGGAGAUUCUACCGGGCAGCUUCGACGAUAAUAGGGCCUCUCUUCUGGCUCAGAUGAGAGCAUUCUGGUCCGGAACAUCCAUGCGGGGCAUUACGAACCUGACUCGCGGCAUGUUCCUUGGAGACAAGGAUGACCCCAUGUGCAAGAAAACGUUCCCCUGCCUCAAAGCCAAAGCAGCGGAGACCCAGGCUUGUGUGCAAGCCCUCGAAGCAAUCUGGACUGAGCAUAUGGAUGCCAGCAAGGAACUUCACGUCCUGGUGCAGCUGGUGCUUCAGUUCAGUGCUUUGAUCGAUCGCAAGCUACGUGAGGAAGCCGACAGCUGGCACCCAGGCCGCAAGACGUGCGAUGAGCUGGUGACUGCUGCAAUUAGCAUGCUACAGUGCAUGACCCGUCUCACCAAGGAGUACCUGAGGCAGCAGCGACGCUUGUUCCAAUUAACGUUUAAGUCUCACUGGCUGGUCCAUGCUCUCCAGAUCGCAGCCUGGAUUUCACCAGUCCAUGUCUGGACAUACUCCGGCGAGGAUUAUAUGGGUCUGUGCCACGACAUUCUGCUUGCAGAGCGGGUCACUGUCUCCAAGCUGGAGACAGCGAUCGAGAAAGGUAUGGAAAACCUUCGGCAUCGAUCGUUGGAUCGAUGCCUCGCAGGCUUAGAUGAUAUGACAUGGAAGACUGCGUUGGCGACCCAUGUAGCACAGUUCUGCAGUCUAGAGCCCCUGCUGCAUCAGCUGUUGAAGGUGUGCCACAACGGUUUGCUGCCGAACUCGCUUCUGCUCAAGGCUUUGCAAGCGUGCCACAGCCGGAACAACUUCGAAGCAGUUCGACCAAGCCAUGCCCUAGGGGAACAAUGGUUGCAGAGUGCCCUGAGCUACUUCAUGCUCAGAUUGCGGAUGAUGACGGGGAAGCUGCGAGACCUUAUAGACAACGAGCAACUCAGGAAGAGCUUCUUCAGCAGAGCGAUCAAGCAUCAGCAGGAGUUGAUCUUGGGUCUGCUUCAGAUCAUUAAGCCCGAGCUGCAAGUGCAAGACUCGGAUGGUGCAGCCAAGCCGUGGACUGCAUGCGGGGCGAACGAGGACCCCCAGAUGCCGUCGGAGGAUGAGCGAGAGAUCGAGAAAAACUUUUUGGAGUUGCAGCGGCCCAGCAAAGCUGCUGACCACCUGGCUUGUGAAUGCACCCAGUGCUGCAAGUUCCAGCAGCACGAGGAACGUCUUCAAGCCCUGCAGACCUCAACGGCUCCACUGAAAAGGCCCAGCAUGAAGCGUCCAGCUGCUGCCCUGGCUGCCGCACCUGCAGCCGAUGCCGAGCCUGCCGUCCCUGCUGCGGUGCCACGGGAAGGUGAGCCUGAGGACUUUUACAGGUGGGGCUGCUCCAAAUGCCGCAGUCUCGUGCACGGCUGCGGCCGCUGCAAAGAUUUCGCUGAUCGCGGUCACAAUCGUUAUGUCCGAACAGAGGGCGGACAGUGGUUGGAUGGCUUCGACUUUACGCCUUGCGUGGUGAAGGCUGGGCAGAGGGCUUUCAAUCCAAAAUGGGAUCCAAUGGAUGCAGCGAGCAGCUUCCAAGCUAGGGACUUCCAGUGGGUGGCACAGUUGCCGGUCCUCUGGGAAAACAACCGUGCCUUCCGUGAACGGUCUUUGAAUGGCCAGUCGCUGUUGCGUGGGAUUCACCAGCCCGGGCAUGGAGACCGCGAAGUCGUGCUUGGCAACAUUCAGUGCUGCAAGUUGAAUGGCGAGGUGUUGAAAGUCGUCCUGAAACUUAUGGGUGACGAAGGGUGCAUUUUUGUAGCCAAAGUUUACCUGCUUCAUGCAGCUGCAUUGGAGUUUCAUAGCAACUCUGGAUAUCCGGAAGCCGCCUCUUUGGGCGCGGUGGCUCAUUCGGACGGCUGGGGCUUGAAACGCAUGCUGAGCUUCUUGAAGCGCAAAUGGAUGAGGGGUCAGACACCUCGUGACAGACUGAUUCGUGCAUUGGUUGCUGAGUUCCAGCGGGCCUACGAGACUCUCAGGGCUGCUGUUGGCGAUCGCAUAGCGCGGGCUCUCAGAGCUCGAGGGGACGAUGAUGACACCGAUGAUCCAGAUGGAGCCCUUGAUGUGGACUCCGACCAGUGCCGUGCCCCUGCACCGGCACUGGCCGAGGUUUUCGAAGCGCCCCCGCCAGCCCCCGCAGCCGUCGAGGAGCCAGUGGCCACGGCAGCAGAUGUCGUGCUUCCGGCCCCGGCCAGCGAGGUGCCGCAGGACGGGGCACCAGCAGAGACUGAGGAUGAAGAGAAGGCCAAGGAUGCGAUGCAGGAUCGGCCACCGUCCCAGGAAGACUUGAUAGCGCAACUCAGAAUUGCGGAGCUGAAGCUCGAGGCCAAACGCUUGCAGCUGGGCUUUGUUUCACGGAUGGCCAUAGAGCGGAAGCGUGCUGUGAAGCAGUUUGCCAAGAGCCUGCCACGAGGACCGAUCGCUGUGGAUUCAGAUGAUGAGGCAAACCCUUCACCCCCGGUCAAGUCUGCUGCAUUGCUUCCGACCUCCGCGGCAAAUCCGGAUGCUUUGGAGACCCAGCCUUUCGAGAUGGACACUCAGACGGUGCAAGAUGUCCUGACUAGGUUGGACCAGCCCGUGCCAUCGCCCCCUGCCAAGACCUUUGCUGAGCUUCAGACUUUGGUCCUGAGCCCCCAGAACACUACGUCGCCGGUUGCGUCGCCUUUGGUGCCGCCAGCCGAAACGGAGACCCCGAGUCCCCGAGGUGUUCCUGUGGCUGAAAUCACGCCGGUGAAGACUUAUGCCAGUCGCGACGAUCAGCUUCAAGUGAAGGGCGCCAACGAGGACGAGAAGAAGGCCAGAGCGGCUGAGAAGGAGGCACAAAAGGCUGAGAAAGCUACUCGUGGGAGAGGCCGGGGUGGCCGUGGCAGAGGCCGCGGUAAUGCGCGGAAGACGUCCCAUGCCGCUGACGAGCUGCACCAUGGGGGCCGACCCAGGAAGGAUCAGCAAGACGAGUGUCCGGAGAUUGAGACGGGCAAUGGCAAGAACAAAGGGGGCCGACCCAGAAAGGAUCAGCAAGACGAGUGUCCCGAGUCCGAGACGGGCAAUGGCAUGAACAAAGGGGGCCGACGCAAGAAGGAUCAGCAAGACGAGUGUCCGGAGACCACGGGCAAAGCUAAGAAAGCCAAAAAGGGAAAUGCAGCAGCUGAAGCUGCCGAUGCUCCAGCCUUGCGAGUUCGUGGCAAGAGAUGCGCGGAAGUGGCUUCGCAGCCGAAGUCCAAGCGUGUGCCAGUGCCAGUGCAGACCCAAAGUGGCUAUACGUGGCCCUUGACCUUUGCUCGCCGCUACCGCCCCCGUGGGGACAACUACACCCAGAAGCUCUGGGAGGGAUGUAUUCUUGCAUUCAAGAAUGUGAUCGUGUCCCACCUCGAACCGGGCUCGCAAUCGGCCGCUCAGUCCGACUUCUUCGAUUUUGCGAAGCAGUUCAUCCCGAACGAUGAGAAAGUGAAGAACUUCUUUCGCCGCAAGAGUGCCCAGACUCGCUUGCUCAGUGUUUUCGUCCUUUGCAUUUUGCUGCUGUUAUGGAACGAAAGCAUUGACUUCGACAAGGAUAUCGAUCUCGCGGAGCUCUUCAGUGGAUCCGGAACCCUCUCCAAGGAGUUCUAUUAUGAGGGUAAGGAGGUGGUCGCAUGUGAUUUGAAAUAUGGACAUUCUGUUCAGCGGUUCUAUGUGGUCGGCCGAAUAGCUGUGUAUGGCUUGGUGUUCUUUGCAGCUCCUGGGUUUCUAUCUCCCGCCCGUCAACAAGAAGAUCAUAUGCUAAUCCCGAAAGCUUUGAAGGCUACGAGAAGGUGA